AUGAGAGCUACGGCGUUCAAUCUCCUUUUCGUGUGUGCAGGGGAGUCACUGCGCAUUUUGUAUGCGGCAGCAGAAAUAAUGGACUACAGGGCUACCGGAGUGGCGCAGGAGAGGCAGCAACGUGGUCUGGCGCUUCAAAGAAGUGGCCUUUCAUUGCAGGUGCCUCCGCACCCCAGGGGGCACCCCUUGCGGAUUGACGAAGGCGACGCCGCUGCUGCGUUGCAGGAGUAUCUCCAGCUCGAGGCACCACAGUCUUCGUCCACGCAAGAUUUGCAGCGUCUCUCUCGCCUCGCCAACACGUUGACGUUCAGCAGCUCGGCUGCAGAUUUGCUGCAGCAAAACCGUUUGAGCGCAGCCGCUUGCGCAGCGCUGGACGAAGACAGCGACGUCGCUUCAGCAGCGGCUGCCGCUGCCGCUGCUGCUGCUCCGGCCGGGGGUGGAGGGGCUCCCUUUGGCAGGAAGAAUCUUCUAGGAAGUGUGCCUUCAGGCCUUCCUCCGUAUCUCCCCGAGGACGUUAAUGCUUGUACGCUCAUGCCUCCGUGGUCCCUUACGCUUGAAGAUAAGGAAAGGCAGCCUACACUUCCUCCAACUGGGUGA